AGCCCGCUUCCUCCCUCCCGCGAAGACGUCGCUGAGGGUGUCCUGUGGUGGCUGCGUUCAAGAUGUCGACCAAGAAUUUCCGAGUCAGUGACGGGGACUGGAUUUGCCCGGAUAAAAAAUGUGGAAAUGUGAACUUUGCCAGAAGAACCAGCUGUAAUAGAUGUGGUCGGGAAAAAACAACUGAGGCUAAAAUGAUGAAAGCUGGGGGCACUGAAAUAGGAAAGACACUUGCAGAAAAAAGCCGAGGUCUGUUUAGUGCUAAUGACUGGCAGUGUAAAACUUGCAGUAAUGUGAAUUGGGCCAGAAGAUCAGAGUGUAACAUGUGUAAUACUCCAAAGUAUGCUAAGUUAGAGGAAAGAACAGGGUAUGGAGGUGGUUUUAAUGAAAGAGAAAAUGUUGAAUACAUAGAAAGAGAAGAAUCUGAUGGUGAAUAUGAUGAGUUUGGACGUAAGAAGAAAAAAUACAGAGGGAAGGCAGUUGGUCCUGCAUCUAUUUUAAAGGAAGUUGAAGAUAAAGAAUCUGAGGGAGAAGAAGAGGAUGAGGAUGGAGAUCUUUCCAAAUAUAAAUUAGAUGAGGAUGAGGAUGAAGAUGAUGCUGAUCUCUCAAAAUAUAAUCUUGAUGCCAGUGAAGAAGAAGAUAGUAAUAAAAAGAAAUCUAAUAGACGAAGCCGCUCAAAGUCUCGAUCUUCUCAUUCACGAUCUUCAUCUCGCUCAUCCUCCCCCUCAAGUUCAAGGUCUAGGUCCAGGUCCCGUUCAAGGAGUUCUUCCAGUUCGCAGUCAAGAUCUCGUUCCAGUUCCAGAGAACGUUCGAGAUCUCGUGGGUCGAAAUCAAGAUCCAGCUCCAGGUCCCACAGGGGCUCUUCUUCCCCACGAAAAAGAUCUUAUUCAAGUUCAUCAUCUUCUCCUGAGAGGAACAGAAAGAGAAGUCGUUCUAGAUCUUCUUCAUCUGGUGAUCGCAAAAAAAGACGAACAAGAUCACGGUCACCUGAAAGGCACCACAGGUCAUCUUCUGGAUCAUCCCAUUCUGGUUCCCGUUCAAGUUUGAAAAAGAAAUAAUGUAUUAAAAUUUCCAUCUAAAACAAAACAAAACCAAACCAGUGCAGUGCAUGAAGCAUAUUUUUUAAGAAGUUGGUGUCUUACUUGGUCAGAAGUGCUAAAUCAGCUAGUAGAGGUGCAUGCCUUUCAUUGCUUUUCAGAACAAUACAACUGUGGGGUUUUUUUUUGUAAAAUUAAAAUUAAAUAGUAUUUUAAGCCAUAAUGUUCCAAAAAAUAGAUAUCCUAUUUAUUAUUUACAACUAUUUGCUUCAUUUUAAAGUCAUCAACCAGAAUAGAAUGUUUUGUUUUUAUUUGAUUUUUUGGUUUUAUCUUUACAAUGUUAAUUUUGACUUAAGACAAGAUUACCUUAGUUUGCCUGACUGUAGGCAUGGAGACCAGACUGGUAAAGUUGUUGGUAACAAUCUUAUGUUAAUCUGAAAAAAGAUUAUCAACCUGUCUUAUUAACAGAUAUCAAAAGUGAUUCUUAGAAAAGAAGUUUAAUCUAAUUGUGAAACAGCCAACUGAAAACAUUAAAAUUCCCUAUUCAUAAAGGGUGCCUUAGAAUCAUUGUCUUUUACACAGUUGUACUUUCAUGCAUCACAACAUUUAAUAUAAAAAAAAAACCUGUAAGUUUCAGCAGGAGGAAGGUGUUAUUUAUUUCUUGAGUUCUGUUUCAUAAUUUGAGAAUGUCUAACAAAUUCAUCUCUUCACUACUGCUAUGGUUGUCUUAUAAGAAAAUUAUUUCCCAAAAUUUAUUAAUAUAUAAGAAGUUUUUUGCGAUACCCUUCAAAAAUUCAGAUAUCACAAUGGGAUAACAAAGCAAAGUCAUAAUGAGAAAAUUUAAGAAAACUUGUGAAGUAAUAUUUCUUUUUUUUUUUUUGUGAAAUAUCAAAAGAAAGAUUGUGAAUUAAAAGAGUAUUUGCUUUGAUGUGUUUAAACACUGAAUAAGAAAAAUUUUAGAAUAGAAAUUAAUGCUUGUUUCCGCCAGAAACAAGAAAUAAUACUAUUCCUAUUUACUUGAAAUAUCUUAUGGCUUAAAAUACUUCCAGAGUUUUAUUUUUUAAUCUGGUCACUUAAGCUCUUUUUGUCUCUGGUUUAAAAACAAAAAAAAAAAGGUUUCUCUUAACAGUAUCUACAGUGACAAUACAAGGUAAGUAUAUUAAGGGAAAUCGGCAAUUGUGUUUUGGAACUGACUUUUUGUCAUGGGACGCAGUACCCUUUUUACCUGUUUUUAAUUUUUUCCCCCAACAUUAAUGUCUACAUCAAUUGAAAAAAUGGAAACAUUUAAAAAGUACUUCCUUAGUAGGCAGACCAAAAUUUUAUGGCUUUUUUAUUUUAAAAUAAAUGAAUUUUCUCUUCAAUUGAUCUAAAGAUGAAAACAAAAUAUCUUGAAGUAGAAAUAUUUUGAUAGUAUUUUUACAAUGAACUUCCCGUUAUUUUUAACGUUUUAAUUUGUUUUUGCUACAAUUACUGUAGGUUGCACAAGAACUUUUACUCUCUUGUAAUUGUGCCUCAGACUUUUUAAAAGUCCUUCUAAAUUGCCCAGAUGAUCUAGAUUCCACAUGUUACCAUUGGUUUAUCUUGUGCUUUCUGUAUUUAAAACUUUGGCUGUACUAAACAAAUGCAAGGUUAUAAAUUUAGCUAAUAGUAGUUUACAGACAAUUCAGAUGAUUAUGAUUUCAUUUGGUUUAACUAAGCUGUACUAGUUCAUUUCAUAAAGAAAUGAUACUGUAGACAAAUGUUAAUAAAGCCUGUGAGUCAAGCAUCAAGUGGUGUUUGUUAGAAAUAAAUUAGAAUUUUAAA